GAAUAGUUUAAGAACUAUUUGCAUAGCAUUUAUUCUAUUUUGAGUAUUAUAGAUAAUCUAGAUAGGUUUUAAAGUAUGCAGGGAGCUAUGUAUGAAUGUAAAUACUACUGCAUUUUAUAUUAGGGUCUUUAACAUAGAUUUUGGAAUCCUUUGGGAUUCUGGAAUACCAUGACUAUUUGUUCUAAAGGUCUUUCAGUCAUGACACUGCUUCAGGCCCUGAAUUGCAGACAUGUGCAGCUGUGCCUGGCAGAGUAGUCCUCUAUGAAGCUUUCAAGGAAACAGAUUCCUCAAAGGUGAGGUUUUGAAGACCAUGCUGGCACAAAAGUCAGCUCACCCUAGUUAACAGACUUGGGUCAAGACAUUUGUGGCCAUUGGGCUCUACCACAGUUAUAUCCGCCUGGGCAUCUUAUGUUUCAGACUCUCUGCCAUUGAGGGGUUUCUCCUUGACUAAACUAUCCACUUUCUCUGUGUGUUAAGAAGCCUGGUGAGGGAACAAGACCAGCAAGUCCCAGCCUGUCUUAUCACAGUGUCAGGGUGCUCCCAUUCUAUGCUGCUGUCCUAAUUUCAUUUUCUAUUGCUAAUAAAACACUGACCAGACCCAACUUGAGGAGUUAAAGGGUUGUUUUCUCUUGCAGCUUACCGUCCUCACUCAAAGGAAGUCAGUUCACAAGACUGGAGGCAGGAACUAAAGCAGACCCAGGGAAGAGUGCUGCUUACUAACGAUUUCCCAUGGCUUGCUCAGACUGCUUAUAAGAACUACCCAGGACCACCUGUCCAGGAGUAGUACCACUCACAGUGGUUUGGGCCCUCCCAUAUCUCAUUAACCAAGAAAAUGCCCCACAGAAAUGCCCACUGAACAAUGGAAUAGAGGCAGUUACUUAGUUGAGAUCCUUUCUUCCCAGGUAUGCCCAGGUUGUCAAGUUGACAAAAACUAGCACAGUUCAUCCUUGUUGAAGUGUAGGCAGUGACCCAGAAGGAUAGCUAAGGCAACCUCUUCCAACCCCCAGAGACAGCAUCAGUUCUCAUGGCCAAGAAGCUGCUGUCGGCAAGGAUUAACUAUUGAAGUGUUUUGACCAGGGUCUGCACUACCCUAGGGAACUUCAAGCCCCCUAUGAUGCUAUUGUCAAGACUGAUAGCCACUUGACUGAACUUCUGGAAAUAGUGUUCACAAAGUUUCCAUAUUAGGAACUUACCAAUCAUCUUGUAAAAACCUACACCAAAGUAUCUGGGCAGAGAAUCCAGGCUCCGGCUGUGGGAACAAUAUAGGGCAUAUGUAUAUUUUGAUUUUUUGAGAUGGUUUCAUUAUGUAACCCCAGCUAGCUCAGAACUUGUUACAUAGACAAGGCUGGACUCAAACUCACAGAGAUCAUCCUGCCUCUGUCUCUUGAGUGCUGGAAUUAAAAGCCUGUGCUACCAUUUGUUUGUUUAGUUGGUUGGUUGGUUUUGUUUGUUUGCUUGAGACAGGGUUUCUCUGUGUUGCCCUGGCUGUCCUGAAACUCACUCUGUAAACCAGGCUGACCUCAAAUGCAGUGAUCCACCUGCCUAUACCUCCCAAGUGCUGAUAUUAAAGGCUUGAUUUUGUUUUUUUUUUUUUAAUUAAAAAAUGUAUUACAUGUAGUGGUGUGCUCCUUUAAUACCAGGGCUCAGGAGGCAGAGGCAGGCAAAGCUCUGUGAGUUCAAGGCCAGCCUAAUCUACAUAGACAAUUCCAGGGCAGCCAGUGCUACAUGGGGAGAUCCUGUCUCAAUGAUAUGAUAAUGACGGCGAGGAUGAUGAUGAUGAGUGACUCGACUGCAUGGAUAUCUGUGCACCAUGUGCAUGCCUGGUUCCCUCAGAGACCAGAAGAGGAGGUCAGAUCCCCUGAAAUGGAAUUAGAGAUGGUUGUGGGCAGCCAUAUGAAUGCUGGGAAUCAAACCCCUGUCCUCUGGGUUUGAAAGAGCAAUAGUCACUGUUCUAAACUGCUGAGUCAUCCCUCUAGACCUGCAACAAAAGCUUUUUAUGCAAAAAAAGUGACCAAACUCUGGACAGACCAGCUUAUAUCGAAUGAAAUCUUUCUAACCUAUGAAUAGGAUUCCAUGUGUAGAGAGUUUUAACUUGAGAGAGAAAAGGGAACUGCAAUGUCUGUACGGCCUAAUCAGCAGGUGACAGCUCUCUGGGGCUCUUUCCUCACCUGUUAAUUGAAGAGUUUACCUAUGUGGUUUGUGAAGUCCUGUCUACUUCUUAACAUUGCAGGAUUCUAAGGAUCUAUUUUAUGCAUGUAUUCACAUUGUCUCUGUGUAGGCAUGGGCACAUAAGUUCAGAUGUCCACAGAGGCAGGAGACAUCAGAUUCCCCUGGAGCUGGAGUUGCAGGCACUUCUGAACCACCCAACAUGGGUGCUUGUAAUCCAACUCAGGUCACCUACAAAAGCAGUGUAUACGCUUAGCUGCUGAGCCAUCUCUUUCUGCACCAAUAUUGUGGAAUUCUAGAUAGUGCAUUUAAGGUAACAGCUCUCCUCUUCCUAAAUGUUCCACCCUUGAAACAUCUAUCUUAAUAUCUUUUCUCUGCCCACAGAUGGCUGUCAGUUCAUUCCUCAAAUUCCUCAAAUCUCCUUUGCCUCUCAAACUCCUUUUGUACCUUCCUGUUGGAUCACAUUUUUCUGUAGACCCCCAAAUUAUAUUUUUAGUCUGCCUACUUCUCUCUGGCUCCUAACUCACGCUAUCUCCUUGGGUAAUACUCUGAAGGCCCUGAGAUCCCCUGUCAUUGGUCCCUCACACAGAAGUACACCCUUCUCCCAAAGCCAAAGGAUCAGGUAUUCAGUGGCUCCGGUGACAAGUGUGAUGUCAAGUUACAGAUACUGUUUCCCGAGAGACCACACUAUAGUGUCAGAGGAGCCCCAGGCUGCCCACAAUGCCCCAUCUUCACCUGGCUAUCCCUUCAAGGUGGGAAUAGUCAGAACUCACCUCUAGGACUGCACCUGGAACUAUGGCUCUGAGCCUCCAGCCCUUACUGCUGCUGCUCUUGUCGAUCCCGCCACAGGAAGUGACUUUGGCCCAUGUUGGGCUUCAGUCUUUGGAUGUUGGUCUCUCCCUUCUGAAGUCAUUCAUCUCCACUCUGGACCACACUCCUCAGCGUUACCUCAGCCAGUCACGGUUCUCUGCAUUCCUGGCCAACAUUUCUUCUUCCUUCGAGUUUGGGAGGAUGGGGGAGGGACCGGUGGGAGAGCCCCCACCUCUCCAGCCCCCUGCACUUCGGCUCCAUGAUUUCCUCGUGACAUUGAGAGGUAGCCCAGACUGGGAGCCAAUGCUAGGGCUUCUGGGAGAUGUGCUGGCACUCCUGGGACAGGAGCAGACUCCCCGGGACUUUUUGGUGCACCAGGCAGGCGUACUGGGUGGACUUGUAGAGGCGUUGUUGGGAGCUUUAGUUCCUGGAGGUCCCCCUGCCCCCACAAGACCCCCAUGUACCCGUGAUGGCCCUUCUGACUGUGUCCUGGCUGCUGAUUGGCUGCCUUCUCUGAUGUUGUUAUUAGAGGGUACACGCUGGCAGGCCCUGGUGCAGUUGCAGCCCAGUGUGGACCCAACCAAUGCUACAGAUCUUGAUGGGAGAGAGCCAGUGCCUCACUUUUUACAGGGUCUGCUGGGUUUGCUUACCCCAGCAGGAGAGUUGGGCUCUGAGGAGGCUCUUUGGGGUGGUCUGCUGCGCACAGUGGGGGCCCCCCUCUAUGCUGCCUUCCAGGAGGGGCUACUUCGAGUCACUCAUUCUCUGCAAGAUGAGGUCUUUUCUAUUAUGGGACAGCCAGAGCCUGAUGCCAGUGGACAAUGCCAGGGAGGCAACCUUCAACAACUGCUCUUAUGGGGCAUGCGGAACAACAUUUCUUGGGAUGCUCGAGCACUGGGUUUUCUAUCUGGAUCACCACCUCCACCCCCUGCUCUCCUGCACUGCCUGAGUAGAGGUGUGCCUCUGCCCAGGGCUUCCCAGGCUGCAGCUCACAUCAGCCCUCGGCAGCGGCGAGCCAUUUCUGUGGAGGCCCUCUGCGAAAACCACUCAGGCCCAGAACCACCUUACAGCAUUUCUAACUUCUCCAUCUACUUGCUUUGCCAGCACAUCAAGCCUGCCACCCCACGGCCCCCUCCUACCACCCCACAGCCCCCUCCAACCACCCCACCACCCCCUCCAACCACCCCACAGCCCCCUCCAACCACCCCACGGCCCCCUCCUACCACCCCACAGCCCCCUCCUACCACCCCACAACCCCCUCCCAGCACUGCUGUCAUCUGCCAGACGGCUGUAUGGUACGCAGUCUCAUGGGCACCAGGUGCCCGAGGUUGGCUCCAAGCCUGCCAUGAUCAAUUCCCUGAUCAAUUUCUGGAUAUGAUCUGCGGCAACCUCUCAUUUUCAGCCCUGUCUGGCCCCAAUCGUCGCUUGGUAAAGCAGCUCUGUGCUGGCCUGCUCCCACCCCCAACUAGCUGCCCACCAGGCCUAGUUCCUGUGCCCCUCACCCCAGAAAUAUUCUGGGGUUGCUUCCUGGAGAAUGAGACACUGUGGGCUGAACGGUUGUGUGUGGAGGAGAGUCUACAGGCUGUGCCCCCACGAAACCAGGCUUGGGUUCAGCAUGUGUGUCGGGGCCCCACCUUGGAUGCCACUGAUUUUCCACCCUGCCAUGUUGGACCCUGUGGGGAACGCUGCCCAGAUGGGGGCAGCUUCCUGCUCAUGGUCUGUGCCAAUGACACUCUGUAUGAGGCCUUGGUUCCCUUCUGGGCUUGGCUAGCAGGCCAAUGCAGAAUUAGUCGUGGAGGAAAUGAUACUUGUUUUCUAGAAGGCAUGCUGGGCCCCUUGUUGCCCUCUCUGCCACCUCUGGGACCAUCCCCACUCUGCCUGGCUCCUGGUCCUUUUCUGCUUGGCAUGUUAUCCCAGUUGCCACGCUGUCAGUCCUCCGUGCCAGCCCUUGCCCACUCCACACGCCUGCAUUACCUGCUACGCCUACUGACUUUCCUUUUGGGUCCAGGGGCUGGGGGUGCUGAGACUCAGCGGAUGUUAGGUCGAGCUCUGCUGCUCUCUAGCCUCCCAGACAACUGUUCAUUCUGGGAUGCCUUCCGCCCAGAGGGCCGGAGAAGUGUACUGAGGACAGUAGGGGAGUACCUGCAGCGAGAAGAGCCAACCCCAUCAGGCUUAGAGUCCACCGACAGCCUCGGCUCUGGUCUGAGCAAGAUGGAGCUUCUAUCCUGCUUCAGUCCUGUGCUGUGGGACCUACUCCAGAGAGAGAAGAGCGUUUGGGCCCUGAGGAUCCUGGUGAAGGCCUACCUGCACAUGCCCCCAGACGCUCUUCAGCAGCUGGUGCUUACAGCAGAGACGGCGGCUGCACAGGGCUUCCUGACGCUCAUGCAUCGUUCCUGGGCUAAGCUGAGGGUUCAACCAUCCGAGGAGCAGGCCAUGGGCCGCCUGACAGCCUUGCUGCUCCAGCGGCACCCACACCUCACCUCCCAGCUCUUCAUCGACAUGUCACCGCUCAUCCCCUUCCUGGCUGUCCCUGACCUCAUGCGCUUCCCACCGUCCCUUUUGGCCAAUGACAGUGUCCUGGCUGCCAUCCGGGAUCACAGCUCAGGAAUGAAGCCUGAACAGAAGGAGGCCCUGGCAAAGCGACUGCUGGCCCCUGAGCUGUUUGGAGAAGUGCCUGAUUGGCCCCAGGAGCUGCUGUGGGCGGCCCUGCCUCUGCUUCCCUAUCUCCCCCUGGAGAGCUUUCUCCAGCUCAGCCCUCACCAGAUCCAGGCCCUGGAGGAUAUCUGGCCAGUAGCAGGUCUUGGGCCGGGACACGCCCGGCACGUGCUUCGUAGCCUAGUGAACCAGAGCAUAGAGGAUGGUGAGGAGCAGGUGCGCAGGCUUGGGUCCCUCGCGUGCUUCCUGAGUCCUGAGGAGCUACAGAGUCUGGUGCCCUUGAGUGAUCCGAUGGGGCCUGUAGAACAGGGCCUGCUGGAAUGUGCGGCCAAUGGGACCCUCAGCCCAGAAGGACGGGUAGCAUAUGAACUUCUGGGGGUGUUGCGUUCAUCUGGAGGAACUGUCUUAAGCCCCCGAGAGCUGCGGGUCUGGGCACCUCUCUUUCCCCAGCUGGGCCUCCGCUUCCUGCAGGAGCUUUCAGAGCCCCAGCUUAGAGCCAUGCUUCCUGCCCUACAGGGAGCCAGUGUCACACCUGCCCAGGCUGUUCUGUUGUUUGGAAGGCUCCUUCCUAGGCAUGAUCUGUCCCUGGAGGAACUCUGCUCCCUGCACCCUCUCCUGCCAGGUCUCAGUCCCCAGACACUCCAGGCCAUCCCUAAGCGAGUUCUGGUUGGUGCUUGUUCCUGCCUGGGCCCUGAACUGUCAAGGCUUUCAGCUUGCCAGAUCGCAGCUCUGCUUCAGACCUUUCGGGUAAAAGAUGGUGUUAAAAAUAUGGGUGCAGCAGGGGCCGGCACAACUGUGUGCAUUCCUGGUCAGCCCACCCCCACCACUUGGCCAGACUGCCUGCUUCCCCUGCUCCCGUUAAAGCUGCUACAACUGGACACUGCAGCUCUUCUGGCAAACCGAAGACUCUAUCGGCAACUGCCUUGGUCUGAGCAGCAGGCACAGUUUCUCUGGAAGAAGAUGCAAGUGCCCACCAACCUGACCCUGAGGAGUCUGCAGGCUCUGGGCAACCUGGCAGGAGGCAUGUCCUGUGAGUUUCUGCAGCAGAUCAGCUCAAUGGUAGACUUCCUUGAUGUGGUACACAUGCUCUACCAACUGCCCAUUGGUGUUCGAGAGAGCCUGCGGGCCUGUAUCUGGGCAGAGCUACAGCGGAGGAUGGCAAUGCCAGAGCCAGAGCUGACCACCCUGGGGCCGGAACUGAGUGAGCUUGACACUAAGCUACUCCUGGACUUGCCGAUCCAGUUGAUGGACAGAUUGUCCAAUGAUUCCGUUAUGUUGGUGGUGGAGUUGGUCCAAGGCGCUCCAGAGCAGCUGCUGGCACUGACCCCACUCCACCAGGCAGCCUUGGCAGAACGAGCACUUAAAGCCCUGGCUCCAAAGGAGACCCCAAUCUCCCAGGAAGUGCUGGAGACACUGGGCCCCUUGGUUGGAUUCCUGGGAAUAGACAGCACACGACGGAUCCCUUUACCCAUUCUACUGUCUCAUCUCAGUCAGCUGCAGGGCUUCUGCCUAGGAGAGACAUUUGCCACAGAGCUGGGAUGGCUGCUGUUGCAGGAGCCUGUUCUUGGAAAACCAGAAUUGUGGAGCCGAGAUGAAAUAGAGCAAGCUGGACGCCUAGUAUUCACUCUGUCUGCUGAGGCCAUUUCCUUGAUCCCCAGGGAAGCUUUGGGUCCAGAGACCCUGGAGCGACUUCUGGGAAAGCAGCAGAGCUGGGAGCAGAGCAGAGUGGGACAUCUGUGUGGGAAGUCACAGCUUGCCCACAAGAAAACCGCUCUGGUAGCUGGGAUCGUUCAUCCGGCUGUUGAGGGUCUCCAAGACCCUGUACCAAAUUGUGCGGACAUACGGGGAACCUUCCCAGCAGCCUGGUCUGCGACACAGAUCGCAGAGAUGGAACUCUCAGACUUUGAAGACUGCCUGUCAUUAUUUGCUGGAGAUCCAGGACUUGGUCCUGAGGAACUACAGGCAGCCAUGGGCAAGGCCAAGCAGUUGUGGGGUCCCCCUCGAGGAUUCCGUCCUGAGCAGAUCUUGCAGCUGGGCCGUCUCCUGAUAGGUCUAGGAGAACGGGAACUGCAGGAGCUUACCCUGGUGGACUGGGGUGUGCUGAGCAGCCUGGGGCAAAUAGAUGGCUGGAGUUCUGUCCAGCUCCGAGCUGUGGUCUCCAGUUUCCUAAGGCAGAGUGGUCGGCAUGUGAGCCAUCUAGACUUCAUCUAUCUGACAGCACUGGGCUACACACUCUGUGGAUUGCGGCCAGAGGAGUUACAGCAUAUCAGCAGUUGGGAGUUUAGCCAAGCAGCCCUCUUCCUGGGUAGCUUGCAUCUCCCAUGCUCUGAGGCACAGCUGGAAGCUCUGGCCUAUCUCCUUGUGUUGCCUGGUGGCUUUGGCCCAGUCAGUAACUGGGGGCCUGAGAUCUUCACUGAAAUUGGCACGAUAGCAGCUGGCAUCCCAGACCUGGCUCUUUCAGCACUACUGCGGGGACAGAUCCAAGGCCUGACUCCUCUUGCCAUUUCUGUCAUUCCUGCCCCCAAGUUUGCAGUGGUCUUCAACCCCAUCCAGUUAUCCAGUCUCACCAGGGGUCAGGCUGCAGCUGUUACUCCUGAGCAAAUGGCCUACCUGAGUCCUGAGCAGCGACGAGCAGUUGCAUGGGCCCAGCAUGAAGGGAAGGAGAUCCCAGAACAGCGGGGUCGAAGCUCAGCCUGGGGUCUCUGUGACUGGUUCCAUGCUUCCUGGGCUCUGACACUAACCAUCAGCUUUUUUGGCCACCUAUUAUAAUCCCGUUUCUUCAGUUGAGGGAGGAAACUUACAUCAUACUGAACACAUUGUAAAGGGAAGUGCAUUCUAAUUUUUCUCAGUAAGCGGAUAAGGAUUAUGGGUAAAUUUCCAAUGCAUUCCGCCCACCUGAGAAUCAUGCUCCUGGCAUAUACUUCUCCUGCCAUCAUGAAUAACCCCACUGUUUCUUUUUCAUUUCCUACUUCCUCCUCACCACACCAAUAGAAAUAACACAGACAGCUGCAACAGAACGUGGAGUCUUUACUAGGACAGGGAUUGAGAGGCAGGUCCUUGGCAAGUAGAAUGGGCCACUGUUAAAUAUGCAGAAGUCCUGGGGAAUCUUGAUUCAUCUGCUGGGAACGGGGAGUUAAUGUUUGCCGUGGACAAGAGGUGGAGGGAUUCGAAUAUCCUGUCCUUUCUCCAGACGCCGUUCACAGUCAAUCAAAUAGUUCACCCCAUCGAUGACCAGCUGCACCAGCUCCACCUGAAGAACACUGAUCCUUGACCUCCGCCUCCCACAAUUUACCUGAGCUUCUUUUUCUUUCUGUCUUUUUUUUCUUUUUUCAGUUUUUGAGACAGGAUCUCACUAUGUAGCCCUGGCUGGCCUGGGACUCACAGAGAUCUGUCUUGCCUCUGCUGGUAUGAAAACCACACACCACCUUGCCUGACCUGAGUUUCUUCAGCACUGAUCUUCCACCUCUGAAAACUCGUUUUCUCUCCCCUCCCCAACUCAACCAGGACAUUGCUUCCGAUUCUAUUACAUUCCUGAGGCUCGCUCACUGUCUUAUCUCAACCUCUUAACCUAAUUCAUAAGACCUCACCUCUGACUUGCCAAGUCGAUCCAGAUUAGAGAUGUCAAAGACACUGCCUGUGGCAGCCGUGUCCACUCCUCCAGUCCCACGCUUUUGCAGCCUUAGGUUCUCCAGGAUCUUUGGGAAGCGGCUAUCCUAGAUGCAGGAUAAAGGUCAGGGGAAGGUCAACAGAGGCAGAGGCUGUUCUCACCUUGUCCUUGGCCCGCAGCGAGUCAUAAUCCCAUGUGACUGUCUCCUUUCAGAGUGCCUCCUCCAUCCCCAUCUAAACCCCCCUUCUCACUCACACCCCCCCAACCCCACAUAUCCUUUACUUUGCUUAGCAGUGGCAGUUUGACGUGUACUCCUGCCCGAAGUCCAGUGCCCAGGUUAGAUGGACAGGUCAAGAUGUAUCCUAAACGCUCAUUCCACAUGAACUCCCAGCCUCGUUCCUGGAUCAGCUUCUCCACCUGUGUCAACAGAGGUUCGGAUGUGAAAAAUCAGGACUGGAUGCGUCCCCCUUAGUUAGCCCCACAGACACUCUAGAACUAUGUCUACAAUGAGAAACAACAGAGGAUCAAUGAAUGACAUGCUCUUUGUUGUUACAAUUUACUGUCAUCGUUUGUGAAAGGACACUUUGAUGUUGCAUUGUAUGUACACUGAUAAGACUUGUGGACAGACAGACGGUUUGUGGAAGGAGCUUGAGAUAGUGAUACAUUAAGGGUGACCUGGGAAAUGAAUAGAAGUCGGAAACAGGACAGAGGUUUCCCAUGCAUCCAUUGUGUCUUUGACAGAGAGCAAAGGGUCCCUUUGGACAGAUAGAGGUGAUAAGGCAGGAGGGCCUACUCUUAGCUGUAAAAGGAAUGUGUAGUAGAGCAGAGAGACAUGAGAAGGUACAGCCAGAUUCCCAGGUAUGUGUGAGAAGACGGGGACUUCAACAGGUGUUCCUGCUUUCCUGACCACCAUAAUGACUAUUAGGGAUGCAAGAGAUAGGGCAAUAGACACAAAGACCACUACCUCACGAUGAUGCUCCCUGAACUCAGAAGGAAUCACAAGCAUGGGGAUUCUUACGUGCUGAAGCGAACACUUAUUAUAGAACAAUUCCUUUGCCUGCAUUAUUUCAUUUAAUCCUCAACUUUAUAGACAAAUAAACCGAGCCACAUAAUUAAAGGGUGUUUCUCUAUGCACUCAUAGAACAUUCUCCAUCCCUUGCCAAAAAUAAUAUAAGCUUCCCAGCUAGAAUCUAAAAGGGAAGCACUCUUUCUUUACAAGUCCAAAAAUAAAGCUGGAGAUACAAGAAUAUACAUUAAGGAUUGGGCCUUUGGCAGUUUCUAACACAGAAUAAAUAUAGAAACUCUGCCCAUAUGAAAUGCAGAGUCACCUCUCACCCAGAACCAUGCAUUCUUUUUUUUUUUUUUUUUUGGAGCUGGGGACCGAACCCAGGGCCUUGUGCUUGCUAGGCAAGCGCUCUACUGCUGAGCUAAAUCCCCAACCCCAAGAACCAUGCAUUCUUAAGACAGUUCAGCCCCCAGUCUUCCCUAGUCUCUUGAGCACUUUCUGCUUAAAGCCUGGACACAAUGCUAGAUAGAGUCGGAGUCAAGGCUCACCUUGGCUCAGACUGGGUGAUGUAUCCUGAACAUACCAGUCUCUCACGCCUUACAUCAGUCCAGGCUCAAAUGUUCUCCUUAACAGCACAUCCCACCUCACACCACCCACCCCAGCACUGGCUGGCCAUGUCAUUGGUUCCUUCUUUGCAUUGCUUGGCAAAGAUUAUGCUUUCUUUCCUACCUUCGGUUACUGAUACUCUUUCCACUUUUAGAGUUAACUACAUGCCCUGGUUUUCCAAGGAUGGCCCUGGUUUGUAACUAUUAUCCUAGCAUGAUAGCGACCCUUCCUGCUAUCAGAAAUUCCCUGGGUUGACUGACAAAUGAUAUAGCCAAUUUACCUACGCUGCUCUAUGGUUUUUCUCAUUUCCUCCCAUUCAGCUCCCCAGUAUACCCUUCUCUAACCUCUUUGAGGCCCCGGCAGAAUCUUUCAAACACUCUCUUCAUGUUGCCGCCUUUCUCCAUAGAGAUGACCCGUGUGUGGUCCUCCUCAUUCACCCAGAUCAAGAAACUCUUCUCAUUGUUGUGCCUGAGGGCAGGAGGUGUAGUGAUCAAGAGGCGAGACAAGAACUGGUAUAGAUGAGGGGGAAAAAAAGUCGCACAUAAAAGGGAAUCAAAAAACCAGGUGGAUCGGCCUCGUACCAGAUUCCUCGGGCAUCUGGCCAGUCUCGAGCCAUGCCUGCUGCUGUCAGCAAUGGGGACACAGGUUUAUCAAACAGGAAAUGGUCGUCAAUAAGCUGCUGCUGCUCAGCCUCUGUCAUCUCACUGAGCCUGUAGUACCGUCCAGCCAGGUCGCCCUUCAGGCCACUCAGCGCGUCCACCACAACACGCUCCACCUCUCGUCGCUCUGCCCGAGUGCAGGCUGGAGGGAGACUGAGUCCCCUGAUACUUCGGCCAGUUCUGACUCUUGAGGACAAUACGUACCUCUCAUCAAAGUAGCCAGAACGGAUCUGAGGAAUAAGAGAAAUGAAUACAAAUCACAGAAACACAAUAGGCGGGAGCUCUGGGGGAGUGUGAAGCAGGCCCUAGGAGAAAGGGCACAUUGGACAGGCAUGCUAACUGAAGACAUUCUGGUCAUUUCUCCAAACUUCUCACUUUGAAUACAGCUUUUUUAUUUUUAUUUUUAUUUUAUUUUUUUGUGGAGGAGGGAGUGUCUCUCCUGAGCCUUCUGAGAGCUGAGAUUACAGGUGUGAGCCACCACACCCAGCCAGGACAUAGUCACUUCUUAAAAAUUCUUUCACCGUUUUGUACUUUGAUCGUAUUCUCCUCAACCCCAAUAUCCUGUAUCUUAUCCAUUAUGCCUUCCUAUCUGCUAUUCUUCAAGAUAUGCAAUUCUUUCCCUUAUCGAUAUCUGAAAGCUCAGCAGUCUAGCCAUGAGUCAGGAAACCAGGUGUAAUGAUUGGAGAUGGGGAAGGUUGUGCACAGGGCUGAACAUAUAGGACGUGUCACAUUUGGCUCACUUUGCUGGCAUCAAGGUCAGUGGUGUGCUUCAUUGUUCUAGGGUCAUAUCCAUUAUGC